AUGUCGGUGGACGACGCACAUGCGGAGCGGCUCGUCUCGAAAGCCGCGUCCGCCGCACACCUUACUGCCACCUCAUCCGCCUCGAUUCAAACGCUGCAUGCCGCCUCGCUUUUUCAACGAGCUCGACUCGAAUCAAAGCAGGACGACACGUACCUCUCGCUAGCACCCACGUUUGUCUCGCUACAUCAGCAGGCAUCUUUGUCGAAACAGCUGCUUUCGUCGCUCGAAUCGUUUCUCUCCUCGUUCCAGUCGGAUUUGUCCACGCUGUCCACGCAGAUCUCUGCGUUGCAGACAACGUCGCAUCACAUCGAUUCGAGAUUGGAUGCGACCAGGGAUGUCGAGAUGCAGUUGGCGCAGUUCUUGGCGCACAUCGCAUUGAGUCCAAGAAUCGUCGAUCUCUUCUUUGAUAGCGAGCCAGACGCUAGACCGGAACUCUGGUUCAAGGCGGUCAAACAGCUCGAGAGGGUUUUGGAAGCUACGCGGCCUAACGCACAGCUUCCGCUGCUUUCUCCCCACAACGGCUCGGCUAACGACGUUGCAGCAGUGGCGCAAGUGAGAGCAGUUGCAGAAGCGUGCAAGAACAUCGUGGCGUCCAAGCUGCGUUCCUACCUUGUCUUACCGCAUGCAACGAUCAGGUCUUCGGUGACAACCAAUCUGCAGGUGCUCCAAACGAGCGUCUUGCUCCGACAUCACAAACCCAUGUAUGCUUUUCUCGCCAGGCAGAUGCCGAGGGUAGCCAUCGAUGUUCAGAGGAGCUAUGUCGGUGCAGCAAGAUUAUACUUUGAAACCGCGUUCCGCAGAUAUACGCGCAGCUUGGGCGUCGUUCGAAAGCGAUGGGUCGAGUCGACUGGUUCAGCCGAGUUGAUAACCGAUCCACCAUCUACGAAACCCAUCGACAUCGCAACCACCAUUUCCAGCUUGCACACUGGAAUGGCCGCUCUCGCCACAGCCACAAGCACCACGUCCUCCUUGUACCCGCCACCUCGACCUGCCGGCAGCACGCCUUGGCCGAACGCACAAGAUCCGACGGAUACCGACGCCAUGAGCACAGACGGCUGGCUCUUCCCCACGGCGCGUCUGCAGUACGCCCAUCUUUCAAGCUCCUCUUCCACUGUGCUGGGCUACCUAGCCGACGAUUCGCAAUACCGCGCGUGUCCCGAGAACCUGUUCCGAAGCUUGUCGUUGGUGUUGAUGGACAACGCGUGUUCGGAGUACACGUUUCUUGUACGCUUUUUCGAAGGUGUCGGAGCGCAAGAAGAGGAUGCAUCUGUUGAGAGUCGGCAGCAGAAGGGCAGUGUUGCAUCGGCGUCAGCAGGCAUGGAUGGCGAGGAAAGCGCUAGUGUCAACGCCGAAGCGGUCGAUGGCGACGAGCGCGGACCAGAGGCAAGUGUAGUUCAAUUGAGCGGCGUCGAGCAGAAGCAGAUGCAGGGUCGUGGUGCGAGCGAUGAGAUCUUCAAGCAGAUCUUUGAACCUUGCGUAUCGACCUGGACUCGGUUUGCGAAAACUCUGGUUUCUCCCGCCGCUUCGACAGGCUCCGUGUUGGCUGCAUCGGCAAGCUCAGUGGUCUCUGGCUCGUCGGGCGCAAGCGCUUCAACGAGCAUCGCCACGAGCGCGAGCGGCUACUUUUCCCUGCUCACCAUGAUCCAACUCAACGAGCGCAUCCUCUCGACUCUGCAUUCAAGAGGCUGUUGCUCGGCGCUACUAGAUUCGGCAUUGAUGCGCUUCAAAAUCGAUUGCUACCCACAAGUCAAACGCUUUUUGGACGACCAGAUCAACGCUCUAUCUCAUCUCUCGUCGCCCUCCUCUGCCGUGUCUACCGGGCGAAUGUGGUCGGUGCUUUCCAACCUAUCCUCGUCGUCGCCACCCACCCAACUCACUUCUUCGUUCGCCUCCACCUUGGUCAUUCGUUACGCCUCGCUGAUCACGAAAACUCUUUGGGUACUCCACGACUCUGCUGACCAACCCAUCCUCUCGAGCCUCAUCCGGCUACGCUCCGAACUAGCCACGCUCAUCACCACGCACAAGCUUUCUGAAUCCUGGUCCAAGCACGAUCGGCUCACAGCGGUACAGACACUGAUCCAUGCUGUCGAGGCGAUUACAAGUGCAGCUUCUACCGCGUCUUGCUUCUCGAGCCACGCCAAGAUUCAAAAUGAAUUUUCCUUCUGGAACGACGUCCUCGUGUCUCUACGAGCGUAA